AGCAGCCGUUGAAGCAAUUAACAACAUUCCCGCACAGACACCAUGACCCUGGAACACUGCAUUGCCAAAAGUUAUCGAUCGCAUCCUCUUAGGGGUGCUUGCUUGCCUCAGCAGCAGCAGCUCUUUUGUCAUCGUUCUGCACUCAUGCUAAAAAUGCCCUAAAGGGAUUGGUUUUAGGCCGUCACGCCUUCGGCGGUUGAUCACCUUCUCAUUCCCAACUCGACAGAACCCAUCGCUUCCACCUUUUUCAAACUAACCCCAGACAAAACAACAGCAACCCCACCUUCAAGAUACCAAGCAAGCAAGCAAACAAACACAUGAAGUCCAUAUACACAUCCAUCACAGCAUUAUCUGCCGCCUUUUUCCUGGCCCUAACGCUCUCAAGCGGCGGCGUACAAGGUGGAUCCAUCCUCUCACAUUUCGCAUACCCCGCACGCAACGACCCAAACCAUCAUCUCGACCCUAAUCACAACCCUGCUGGCGCUUCAAUGGUAUCACACCUUGAAUGGAACUCCCAAAUAGGUAACACCCAGCAAUCUCGCCAAGGCAGCGACCGCGGUCAGUUCCAGCCCUACGCCAAUUUCGCCCUCCAAGCCGAGCAACAGCAACCGCAAUUCGGUACCGUCACCGCUGAGAACAACAUCGCCAGCGGAAGUGGAGGUGGGCCAGGAUGCAGGACCAGGGAUCGAGUGUACCUACCAGAUAUGCAAUCCUUCUUGAUCAAGAGUCCAUUAACUUAUCAGGAGGCCCUCCAGGCGUGUGUGGCCUGUGGAUCGGAGCUGGCCUUGGUCGAUGGCACGAAUGUUGAUCGAUUCAGGGAGGCGUUUAGCUCUUUAGGGUUGUUUUCGGAUCAGAGAUUGUGGAUCAAGAGCUGGUUCGGUGAACAGGUCCAGAGUCAGGGUGCUUGCCCUGCAGUGUUGGUCAACGGGCUGAUGGGUAACCGUCUUGAAUCCACUCAAGACGAUUGCCAGGCACGGUUCUAUGCCCUUUGCUAUUAAGCAAUGCAAAUAUGAUCCUUUUGACGCGUCUGCAUCGCUUCUUUCCAGCGAACUAUUCAUUAACCAGCAUCCCAAAUAAACGCACAUUUCUUGAUAUGACAGCAAAAGGAAUACGG